CUGCGAGCGUGAAGUAUAUAUACGCGCUUUGCGCAUUUGCUUUACGGUAUUUGAGUAUACCUAGUUACAGUCAUGGCGACAUCCAAUGCGGACGGUGAUGAGUUAGAGCGCGCAUUUGACGAAGAAUUUGCAGCUUGGGAUGCCGCAGACGAGGAGAUACCGAGUCAGGCAUUAAAUGCAGAGGAAAAUGCCACUCAUGACCCAAUCGAAAAUGACGCCGCAGCUGGAUCUGGGCUCAGCCUGGGACAGUUGGAGCCCCAUUUCGCGAGGGCUCCACGACUUUGCCCUGGACCGCUGACGCUGCUCAGCCUGCCACGCGAGAUGCUCCUUCGAAUACUUUCCCUUGUCCCAGCAACUGGGCUCACGGCGUGCGCUUGCUCCUGCUCUGCGCUUGCCAGUCUAGCAUCUGAAGACGCUUUGUGGCGCCGGCUAUACUGCGCAAGGUGGGGCAAGCCGAGCAACCGUGUCCGUGGAAACACGCAGUGGAAGCGCGCCUACCUGGAUGCCGACAGCGAGGAGUGGGAGGCCACCCGCAGCCGAGGCGGCGACUCGCGCGACGACCCCUCCCUGGGCGCCAUCUUCCUGGACAUGCUGCGAGCCAAGCGCGACACCGCGCCCGACCGCCGCCUGCUGGACGCACCGCUGCAGAGCGACCCGGGGGACAUCGCCAGCAAGCUCGCCGCAUGGCGUCGCGCCCGCGGCUUCCAAGACGCACCUCCCGGCAGCGACGGCGCCGGCCCCAGCAGCAGCACCGGCGCCGGCGCCGGGCCCUCGAACGGCCCUCCGCGCCCCGAUCUGAGCCGCCGCGGCCGCGCCGCCCUCACCUUCACCCGUGUAAACCCCGGUGACCAGCCCCCCGUGUACGCAUGCGACCAGACGGGCUGGGUGCACGUGUGCGGCGACGCAUGCACGGAGGGGGUGGUGGAUGCGCGCAGUGAGCUGCUGGUGUGCCCCGUGUCCGGCCAGACGACGGACAGGCUGGUGCAUGAGUGCGAGGAGGAUGAGGAGGGCGGCGGAGGCGGCGGGGGAGGGGGCUGCGGUGGUGGCGGGGAGGAGGAGGCGGGGCUGGGCGUGUUUGGAGGUGGUUUCGGAUCCUUCUUCGUGGCGGGUUACGAGUGCGAGAACGAGCGGGCGCUGAACAAGCUGCUGGGCUACAAGGCGCUGUGAGACGUCCAGACGUGUUGUCGGUGUUGUGUAAAGGAGCUGUGCCAUGUCUCGUGUGGGACCUGUUGUGUGAGGAGGCCGUGUCAUGUGCGACCUGUGUUGUGACCUGAGAGGAAGCUCUGUUACCGUAUGUGAGAUUCCUGCUGCGACAGACGUUGUUGGGACUUGACAGCGUGGGCGCGGUCUUUGUAAAGGAAAGCGCACGAAGGUGCGUCAGGCGCUGUCGCUGCCAUAGCGUGCGUGUUGCAGGAUGAGCUUAAUGGAGCGCAGCCGUAGGUUUGGUUGGUGGGUUGGACUGUUGCCUCCUGCUAGGGACCCCAGCGUUAGUUGCAGGGUUGGCGGUUGGUUCAUGCUGUACGUCUGAGCAGGCCCUACAGUGUAAACGGGUCGAUGCUAAGUAAAAACUGGCUUCUCUUUAACGCACUCCAUGGCCGGCGACUGUGUGGCCGCUUGCCGAGGAUUUGCUGCUAUGGCAUCCUUGCCUGUAAACACCCUUUUUUCC